AUGGACUCCGCAGCAUACAGAGAUUUCAAGACCUCUAGAGGCUUUACUUAUCACUACUUCUUUUCACCUCCUACCGACGCAAACAGGAUAACUUUGCUAUUCUGCCACGGGUUUCCAUCAUCUUCGUAUGACUGGCGCCGACAGGUCGCUUUCUUCAAAGAGAAGGGCUAUGGCCUAGUAGUACCAGACUUGCUAGGCUAUGGAGGCACUGACAGACCCACGACGGCUGAAUCAUAUAGAAUGAGCGUUAUGGCACAAGACUUGGUUGAGAUCCUCGACCACGAGAAAGUCACUGAUAUAGUUGCUAUUGGACACGACUGGCAAGUGGGAUCACCACUAGUUUCCCGACUUGCCUACCACCAUCAAGAACGCUUCGUAGCUUUCGGGACGCUUGCGUCAGCAUACAUGCCGCCAGACCCGAACUCCGAUUACAAGAAGUUGGCCGCUAGCACAGAAGAGGUAUUCGGUUGUAACCUUAUCGGGUACUGGGAGUACUUCGCGUCUGAUGACGCUCCGAAACUUGUUGAGGAGCACAUCGAUUCUUUCCAUAGUUUGAUAUUCCCUUCCGAUCCGUUGUUCUGGAAGGACCAUUUUGCGUCGAACGAGAAGACUAGAGAAUGGAUCGCAUCAAACAGGGUUGAAGGGAGACCAUCUUAUCUCAGUGAAGAGGAACUGAAACAACACCAGGAAAACCUACUGAAGGGAGGUCUCGUUGGUCCUUGUUGCUGGUAUAAGGCAAUGGUGGACGAUCAUACACCCGGUGAAGAACGGAGCAUGGAGAUUGACCCUGACAAACUAAUAGUCCACAAGCCUGUCUUCUACGGCGCAGCACUGCAAGACUACAUCUGUCUCGCGGAUUUCGGAAAGGCAGCAGCUCAGAGGUUCUGUCCGAAUGCCCGAAUCGUAGACUUUGAAACUGAUCAUUGGAUCAUGAUGGCUGCUCCGGACAAGCUAAAUACGGAGUUAUUGGAUUGGCUUGAGAGUGAUGUUGAAGGAUUCGCAGACCAGGCCCGUAAAGGUGUUGUUCAACAAGUGCUUGAGUGGUUGACGGGAUACUACCAGCGUUUGAGAUUGUUCUCUUAACUAUGUAACGACACUUCUCACGUAACACCAGUACUGUAUUUGCUAUACUUUGACUAUGAC